AUUUUGCAUGCCACUGUCCUCCGAGAGCUUCCCAGUCAUGCAUUAAGCAGCGUGACUAACGCCUCUCUCAUGUGGUCGGGUCUCUUCUCGCACUCUCCCCGCAGGGAGAAUUGUGUGUGCCGAGGAAUACUUGUUUUGGGAGGGGUUUUUAUUUUUAAGCACUCUGUAUUCUGCCAGCAGGUCGGAAAAAGGUGGCUGGCACCAGAGAAAAAAGUGUGGGAUGGUCCUUAGAUCCCAUGGGAAAAUAGACCGCUGCUGUGCACCGGCCCCUGGGAAGCCUCUGCCUCCUGCACAGAUGUGCUUUUCCCCCAUGGUGGAGCUUCCUCCUUCUCUCACACCCUGCUCGGGGCUCUCACGUCUGCUGCGUGUCAUCCCCACCCCAAGCACCAAGCAGGAUUUGUUCCCCUGGCAAACCCAGGUGCCUGGCUCCCACCCUCCUCCUGCAGCCACCUCUUUCUAGGGUGACGGCCUCACUCUGCUUCCAGCCCCCCCAAUCUGGGGGCUCCCUCCAGUGUGGAAACACAGGGUUCAGGCUCCAGUCCUUUAUCCCAGAGAACACCGCAUGGGUGCAGGGCACCCUGGGGUGCCUCCCUUCCUGCCCCUGGCUCCUGGUUCUGGUGACUCAGGGCUGUGUGACGGCAGAGCCACGGCCCCACACAUGGACUUUUACCUUUAGCUGAGAUCCUCACACCUGGGUUUAGGCAGGGUGGAUACGUCAGCGCCAGCCUCAUGCAAACAGGCGUGGGCAAACAGCCUGUGCUGGGUGCCUCCCCACCAGGCAUCCUCUGGAUCCCCGUUCCUCAUGCUCCCCACCCUCAGUGCGCAGACAUUUCCAAAGCAAUGGGGUGACGACUCUUGGCGUGGGCUCAGACCCACAUCCACAGGGCACAAAUGCCCCCUGUGUGGGGUGAUACCAUGCCAGCACACGGCGAUGGGGGCAGGGGCACGCGCACACAUGUUGCUCCGUGCACACGCGUGUGCGCGCAGUGCAGCAGUGCCAGCUCCAUCCUGGUGCACGCGCUCUGCUGGUGCAGGCAUGGGUGUGCUCCUUUACAGUGCUUGUGCACACACGUACACGUGUGCACACACGUGCUUGUGUGCUUGCACGCUCACUGCUGGGUCUUGCUUGCAUCGAUGCAGAGCCACAUCGUGCUCCUGCUCAGCUUCCUGCCUCCAUCCCUGGCCAUGUGCAGGGUGGGGAUGGCUGGCUUUCCUCCUCCCUUCCACCCAGAAUGUGCCUGUGGAUGGCUGUGCAUACUCUCAGCGGGGUGGGAGCAUCUGUCCUCUGGCACAAAUGGUGUUUGCAGGACCAGUGAGCAGAGUGGAGCUGGGCUUUGGGGCCAGAGCUUCAUUUUCAGAAGCAGAGCUGUGUUUCCACCUGCCGAGGGAGAGCUUGAGGCAGGCAUUUGUCUACGGGCAAGCAAGGGGAUAGAGGGACUGCGAGCAGCUGGCUUGGAAAGCAACAGGGCAGCCGGCGCAGGAUGUUCCACUUGUUGAGGAGACACAUGAUUCCAAGUGAGCAGGAAUUUUGCAUUUGGCCAUGUAGCGGGAGGACCACCAUCCCAUCCCGUCCCGUCCCGUCCCGUCCCGUCCCAUCCAUCCCAUCCCAUUCCACGGGCUGGGUGCAGAGCUUGGAGGGUAGUGAUAGGAAUGGAAGGAGCGAGUUGCUGCUGCGGGUGCCAUGGCAGAUGUUGUGGAUGCUGAUUUUUGGACAUACAGUGAAGGCUCCCUGUCUGCUCACAGCCAGGGAAGCAGGUGACAUAAAGGCUGGUGUCCAGGAGAAGGUGAUGAAGUGUGUGGCUCAGUGCAGAGGGGACAGUCCCUGCAGAGCUGGCACUGGCCCUGCAGUGUCUGCACGCUGGGAGGAGGUUUCCAGUGGCUGGGUGCCUGCAGUGUAGCGUGCAGUGUGCGUCUGCAAUGCAGGGGGCAGCGCUCCUGUCACCAUUUCUGCAGUCGGUGAGGUGGACACGGACAGCCCUGGGCACCCCCCAGGCACAUCUCAGCCAAGAGCAGGAGAGAAUGGGAAGGAGCAGGGAAUGCUUUUUGGCUGGUGCAGGGUGCGGGGUUGCCUAGAGACCGUGCAGCGAAGGGGAGAUGCUGUGCUGCCCGUUGUGUUCAGGGGCCAUGAAGAGCUGUAGGGAGGCUCAGGGACUGCAGGAUGGGUGCUGGGAGCUGCAGUGCAGGGUGGGAAGUGUUCCCCUGGCACAAUGCCGGGCACUGUCCCUUCUUCUACUGGGACCAGGGACAGGUGGCAUGCAGUGCAGUGCAAGUGUUGUGCAGGGCUCCUGCAUCCCUGCAGUGUUGGGUGGGUGGUGCCUUUGCAGCGCAAAGCUGGCAGCUCAGGGAGGGCAGUGCUGUGCUGUGCCUGCUGUGGCAGUGCACUGCAUCCCUGCAGUGCUGGAGGGGUGGCACGCCUGCAGUGCAAGCAGUGCUCCACAUCCUUGCAUCCCUGUGAUGCCCCAUGUUCCUGCAGUGCUGAGGGGCUGCAUCCCCACAUCCCACACAGGGACCCUACCUGUCCCUUUGCUGCCACAGCCUUGUGGUGCUGACAGGUUCCCCCAUGUCCCUGCAAUGCAUGGCAGGCAGUGUCCCCACAGUGCGUGGUGCACAAUGCUCCUGUGUCUCUGUGGUGAGAAGCUGUUUCCCAGCCUGGCUGGCUCCCAUCGGGUUGCUGGCAGCAGGCUGCGUGCAGUCUGCCCCGUUAGCAUGCCUGGCUGGUUGUAAUUACAGAGUGUGCGGUGACGAAGAGGGUGGACGGUGGCAGGAGUGGCUUCCUGUGUCUUGCAGGAAGGGCCAGGGUUUCGGUGACAGGGUUGUUCUUAGGAAACUCGACACUCCAGGGUCGGGCUUCCUGGGCCCUUUCUGGUGGAGGUUUGGGCCAGGUGGUCCUGGAAUCCCCCUUCCUUUUGAGUCGUGGCUUUGCAGUCCCACAGAGUGCAGCCGGAGCUCUAACAGCUUAACCCAAGGUAUUUUGUGUCCUUCCAGCUUCCCUGAGGCACAGGAUGAGGACCCUCGCCUCCUGCCUGGCCCUGUGGCUCCUCUGCCAGCUGCCUGCCCUUGCUUGCGGGACGCGUGUGGUCUACAAAGUGCAGGAGGAGCAGCCCCCCAACACACUCAUCGGCAGCCUGGCCUCUGACUACGGCUUCCCUGACGUGGGGCACCUCUACAAGCUGGAAGUGGGGGCCCCGUACCUGCGUGUGGAUGGCAAGACGGGAGACAUCUACACCACAGAGACCUCCAUCGACCGGGAGAGUUUGCGUGAGUGCCAGCACCUGAUGCCCGGAGAGCCCUGCUACCUGGAGUUCGAAGUGUCCAUCACUGACCUGAUCCAGAACAACAGCCCGCGCCUGCUGGAGGGGCAGAUCGAGGUGCUCGACAUCAAUGACAACACCCCCAACUUCGCCUCACCCGUCCUCACCCUGACCAUCCCUGAGAACACCAACAUUGGGGCUCUGUUCUCCAUCCCCCCAGCCAUGGACCGGGACUCGGGGCUCAACGGCGUUGCCUCCUACGAGCUGCUGGCUGGCCCUGAGGCACAGGAACUCUUUGGGCUCCAAGUGGCUGAGGACCAGGAGGAGAAGCAGCCACAGCUGAUUGUCAUGGGAAACCUGGACCGGGAGCAGUGGGACUCCUAUGACCUGACCAUCAAGGUGCAGGAUGGGGGCAACCCGCCACGGGCCAGCAGUGCACUGCUGCGCAUCACCAUCGUGGACAUGAAUGACAAUGCACCCAAGUUUGAGAAGACCCUCUACGAGGCCGAGCUGUCUGAAAACAGCCCUGUGGGGCACUCCGUCAUCCAGGUGAAGGCCAACGACUCGGACCAGGGUGCCAAUGCUGAGAUUGACUACUCCUUCCACCAAGCAUCGGAUGUGGUGCGCCGGCUGCUGCGCCUGGACCGCAACACAGGGCUCAUCACUGUCCAGGGGCCCAUCGACCGUGAGGACGUCAGCACCCUCAAGUUCUCCGUCAUGGCCAAGGACAAGGGGGCUAACCCCAAGAGUGCCCGCACGCAGGUAGUGGUCACCAUCAAGGACAUGAAUGACAACGCGCCCUCUAUAGAAAUUCGGGGCAUUGGGUUGGUCACCCACCAGGAUGGCAUGGCAAAUAUCUCGGAGGACGUACCAGUAGAGACAGCAGUGGCUCUGGUACAGGUGUCCGAUCGAGAUGAGGGCGAGAAUGCUGUGGUGACCUGUGUGGUGGCUGGGGAUGUCCCCUUCCAGCUGCGGCAGGCUAGCGAAACAGGGAGCGACAGCAAGAAGAAAUACUUCCUGCAGACUACCACACCUCUGGACUAUGAGUCGGUGAAGGACUACACAAUCGAGAUUGUGGCAGUGGACUCGGGGAACCCGCCCCUUUCCAGCACCAAUUCGCUGAAGGUGCAGGUAGUAGAUGUGAAUGACAAUGCGCCCGUCUUCAGCCAGAGCUUCACCGAGGUGGCCUUCCCUGAGAACAACGAGCCCAAUGACCUAGUGAUGGAGGUGAGUGCCAGUGAUGCAGACAGCGGCUCCAAUGCCAAGCUGGUUUACUCGCUGGUGACCGACCCGUCCUCCAAGGACUCCUUCACCAUUGACCCUGACUCUGGAGAGAUUCGGGUGAAAGCGGUGCUGGAUCGUGAGCAGCGGGAGCGCUACGAGUUCUUGGUGGUGGCGGCAGACAAGGGCAGCCCCAGCCUGAAGGGCACAGCGUCGGUGGCCAUCAACGUCAUGGAUAGGAAUGACAACGACCCCAAGUUCAUGCUGAGCGGCUACAACUUCUCGGUGAUGGAGAACAUGCCACCCCUCAGCCCCGUGGGCAUGGUGACGGUGAUCGAUGCUGACAAAGGAGAAAAUGCCCGAAUCCAGCUGUCGGUAGAGCAAGACAAUGGGGAUUUUGUCAUCCAGAAUGGCACUGGCACCAUUCUCUCCAGCAUCUCUUUUGACCGGGAGCAGCAAAGUACGUACACUUUCCGGCUCAAGGCUGUGGACGGUGGGGAUCCCCCCAGGUCUGCCUACGUAGGGGUGACCAUCAAUGUCUUGGAUGAGAAUGACAAUGCUCCCUUCAUCACCUCGCCCUCCAAUGCCACCUACAAGCACAUUCUGCCCCACACGAGCCCCGGCCAGCAGGUGAGCAAGGUUAAGGCAGAGGACAUCGACACCGGCGUCAAUGCCGAGCUGACCUACAGCAUCACAGGAGGCAACCCCUUCGAGCUCUUCCAGAUCUCCCCCCAAAGUGGAGACAUCACACUGGAAAAGGAGAUCCUGCGCAAGCACCAUGGCCUGCACCGCUUGGUUGUGCGUGUCAACGACAAGGGCAAGCCGUCACGGCACGGCACGGCCCUGGUGCACUUCUAUGUCAACGAGACUUUGGCCAAUCGCACACUGCUGGACACACUGGUGGGGCACAGCCUGGACACACCACUUGACAUAGACAUUGCUGGGGAUCCUGAGUAUGAGCGCAGCAAGCAGAGAAGCAACAUCCUCUUUGGAGUCAUUGCUGGCAUUGUGGCUGUCACCUUGGUCAUCGUGCUGGUUGUCCUGGUGCGUUACUGCCGACAGCGGGAGGCCAAGAGUGGCUACCAGGCAGGCAAGAAGGAGACCAAAGACCUGUAUGCGCCCAAGCAGGCCAGCAAGAGUGGCAAGAGCAAGAACAAGGUGAAGAAGAGCAAGUCUCCGAAGCCACCCAAGCCAACAGAGGACGAGGAGGAGACAGGGCUGCAGAAAUCCCUCAAGUUCAACCUGAUGAAUGACUCUGUCAGUGACAGCCCCCGCAUCCACCUGCCCCUCAACUACCCUCCGGGCAGCCCGGACCUGGGCCGGCACUACCGCUCCAACUCACCCCUGCCCUCCAUCCAGCUGCAGCCCCAGUCUCCCUCCGCCUCCAAGAAGCACCAAGUGGUGCAGGACCUGCCGGCCACCAACACCUUUGUUGGCACCGGGGACAACAACUCAACGGGCUCCGAGCAGUACUCGGACUACAGCUACCGCACCAAUCCCCAGAAAUACACCAACAAGCAGUUACCUCAUCGCCGAGUGACGUUCUCUGCAGCCAGCCAGGCCCAGGACCUACAAGACCCCUCCCAGCACAGCUACUAUGACAGCGGGUUGGAGGAGUCGGAGACUCCCAGCAGCAAAUCAUCAUCGGGGCCCCGCAUUGGGCCACUGGCCCUGCCUGAGGACCACUAUGAGCGCACCACGCCUGAUGGCAGCAUUGGGGAGAUGGAGCACCCUGAGAAUGAUCUCCGUCCCCUGCCUGAUGUAGCCAUGACUGGGACCUGUACCCGGGAGUGCACGGAGUUCGGCCACUCCGACACCUGCUGGAUGCCCGGCCAAUCCUCCCCCAGCCGCAGGCCCAAGAACGCCCUCAAACUCUCCACUUUUGUGCCUUACCAAGACAGAGGGAGUCAAGAGCAAGUCGGGAAUGGCAGCCCCAGACUCUCAGAAGAGCGCAGCACCAAAAUGGCCAACCUCCGCCUGCUCCCCACGUACAGUGCCUUCUCCAAUAGUAGCCAUGAGACCUGCAAGGACUCUCCCAUGGAGGAAAUUCCUCUCACCCAGACCUCGGACUUCCAGCCAGCCACCACCCCCUCAUCCCAGACCACCAAGAGGGAGAUCUACCUGUGAGGCUGGCCCGAGGGGCGAGGAGCAGACAUGCUUCUAAGGCCAGCGUCCUGGAAACAUUUGAAACUUGGUUGCUUUAUGGGCUCCUGCGGCCAGUUCUGCUCUGGGUGGUGGUGGAGGUGCCCAGGGUCUUCGAGGACAGCAGGCAGGGCGAGGCAGGGAUGGAAGGAGCGCCUUUAAAACCCAUUCCUUGGGGCGGGUGGGAGGGGUGAAGGCAUCUGACUCCCAAUUUCCCAGCACUUGCAGAUGCGUGUCUCUGAACUGCGUGGUCGGGGAGGCUGGGCAGGCUCCUGGUGCGGAGGGCAUGGCUGGAGAGGAGGGCUGACGUACCAAAGGUCCACGUAGAGCUGGUGGAGUCCCUGGGGCAUGAGACGAGGGUGUCCCCGCGCACAGGGAGCGAGCUGCCUGGCUCUUUGUUGUAGACUCCUGUAAAUACGAACCUUAGGAAUGACAUUCAAGUCCUGCCUGAUUGAAACUUUUUAUUGUCCUUGAAACAAAAGACGUUUGAACAAACACAUACCCACACACACAAACCCAAUCCACAGGGAGCAAGUUCCAGAUUUCAAUGGUUUGCUGUGUGGAAGAGCCCGCGGGAGCGCAGCGUCCGGCCCACACUCAUGUUCUAUAUUGUAAAUAGAGUUAUGACCAGUCCCUGAAACAGCAGCUGGGGAGCUGGAGGAGAGGGCAGCCCUUGCCGGACUUUAGGGACUCAGCUAUUUGUCAGUUUGGAUCUCUUUUGGAACGUUGUCACUGUGCCCACAAGCUGCAGGGUCCCUAGGGACUGCCCGGUGCCAUAGGCAAGGGCUGUGCCAGGGGGGUCUCUGGUGUCCCAGUGCCCGAUGGCAGGAGAAGGGAUGAGGACAUCCCCAGGCAAGGGACCGGCUGGGUCCGGAGAAGCCCUCAGUCCCACUCUGCUGGCAGGGGGUCGUCGUCAGCUGCAGCACCUCAACCCCUCGCCUGGUGCCUCCGCUGGGAAAGGGGCUGCUGAUGGGGCCGGCUGUGCCAUGCCUUCGACCUCCGUCCUGUCCGCCUGUAAGCCACCAUUGCCUUCGUCAGGAGGAGCGUUGUCUCAGGGUCACGCCGGGGGCUGCCGAGCCCCUGCCUGCUGGAGUCCCACCGCCCUUAGGCCCCAGGGCCACUCUCACGGGCUCCAGCUUUCUCUUCCAUUGCCCAGUCCCUGCUGCCCCGGCCCCCUCUCAGGGGUGACACCAUGCAGGCAGUGGGGACGGCGCUCCUGGAGAUGUGUACAUCGCAGAGGGGGUGCCCAGGUGCCCUCCUGAGCAUCUCUGUCUGCUUUUCGGGGGGACCCUGGCAGAAGGAGUCUGGGGGACUCACACCUCAUUCCCGGGUCAUCCUCCCUGGCUCCUCCCUCCCUGCUGGGAUGUGGGGACAGGCUGUGCUGCACCCUUGUUCUUCCCAUACUCGCACAUCGCAUCAGUCGUCUUCAUCUCUGGGAUCUUCCUUAGGGAGUGAGGCCAGUGGUAGCUGCAGGAUGCUUUCCCCCGGUCUGCACAUGGGGAGAGCCUGGGGCUCUUCUUGCCAACAGCCCGACCAGCACAGGGUGCCCGCAGGACCCUCUGCCCACCUCCCCCCAGCAGCCCCUCUGAGCAGCUCCUCUCCCUUUGCUUUGGCGGUGCCAACUCCCGGUGCCCUGCAUGGACAUGGUGCCCUAGCCAUGCUCCCCACCUGCCCCAGCACCUCGGGGUGCCAAUGGGGGGCAGGACCCCCCUCCUGGCCCCUGCUGCUGCUCCUCACCCAGUGUGGGGUGGGUGUGUGGCUCCGGGGGAUGUCCCGCUGGUGGUGCCCGCUCUGCUGGCGGGGCCUCGUUCUCCUGGCCUGGCUGCCUGAGCAGGUCAUGCUCCUGAACUUGUUUUUAAUUGUAGCUCUGUAGUUUCAGGGCCUAACUGGGCAGAAUGUGCAAUUUGGCCACGCUGGCCAAGAUCUCUGACUCCACUGCCAACUCGACUGCUCACACCUCCCCGUGGCUCUGGCCGUGUCUGGUGCCCCUCCUGGGGACCCCCCUGGCAGAGUCAGAUCUGAGGGGUGCUUGUCCAAGAGCAGCUUUCCCAGGCUACUGCCUGCGGAUAGGCUCCCUUCCUUCCACUCGGGGUCACCAGAAGGAUCCUGAUGCUCCAAGCAGUGUGGCUGGGGUGGCUGUCUUGUCUCGUGGAGCACCUGGCGAUGUUCUCAGUGCAAGCGUGUUGCAAACUGGGGAGAAGUGUAGAGGAGACGGGUCCCCAGGGAACUCAGAGGGGUGGAAAGGAUGGGUAAUGCAGGAAUGGGGCUAUUGGGAUUGGAACCACUGGGAUGGGUUCUGUGGGUUUGGGUACCAUGGGGGUGGAUAUUAUGUGGAUGGGCAUCACGGGGAUGAGUGCCAUGAGGAUGGGAGCCAUAAAGAUAGGUGCCAUUGAGAUGGGAGCCAUAGGGAUGGGUGUCAUUGAGAUGGGAGCCAUGGGGAUGGGAACCAUUGGGAUGGGUUCUGCAAAGACGGGUACCACUGGGAUGAAUGCCAUUGGGAAGAAGAUACAGGGGGAUUAUGUGUCUCCUUUGGGGAUGCUCAGAGGGUUGGUGGGGCUGGGUUUUUGAAUGCAAGCACAGUGGGGAGAAGUCUUGGAGGGUGUCUUGGAGUGGGGAGGGUGUCUUGGAGGGUGAGGGUAAGGGUGGGUGUAUAGUGAGGAAAAGGAAGGACAGAGCGAAUGGGUCCUCCAUAGGGUGCCAAGGCUGGCAAUGGGUCCCUUGGGAGGAAAAAACCCUGGACAUUUGUACUAGGAGAAGGGACAAUGGGAAUGAAAGUUGGUAUCACUGGGGACCAGUCCUGAGGGUGGGGAAAAAGAAGAGGUGCCAUUGGUAAGAAGCUCAUUUGCACAAUUAUAAGCCAGAAGGAUAAAGCCUCCGUGCACGUGGGGGGAUACUCCCCACGAGCUCCAGUCUAGACAAGCACAGGGAAGAGGAGAGGGUGGGACGCCUCUGUAGGGGGCUUACUGCAUCUCACACUGCACUAGGACAAGCCAGGGGUAAAACCAAAGGUGGGAGCCAGGGAGCAGGCGGGCUGCGUGGGAAGGAUCUAAGCGACCCCUUUGUAGCUCUUCAGUGUUGGUUCUAUUUAUACGAGAUUUCAUUUCCUUGCUUGUGAUGCCUUGUUUUUUGUACAGUUUUAUGUACAUGCAGGUGUAGCUUUUCUAAAGGAGAAAUCCUAUGGCAGAGUAAAGUACCCAACUAUUUUUCAGAUGGUGACCUAUGUCUAAGGCAAUGCCUCUUGCUAAGGUUGUAUUGCUCUCAAUGUGUAAUGCAUUUCCCUGUGCGGGGAAGGCUUUCGGCCUUGGGCUUGGUUUUCCCCGGGCGCUGUGAGCACAAUUGAUUCCCUUGUAACUCUUUCUGUUCAGAGCAGUAAGCAUGACACCGUCGUGAUCCCCUUUCCGUUCUCUCCUGUUCUGUUUGUUUGCUGAGCUGUCAGAUGACCAACUCCAUUGUAAUUAGCCCUUCCUAAAGCUUUACAAUAAAAGUGUGAAAACCCGG